UAUAUUUAGGGGUGUUUCUCAAUUGUACUAAUAUUUGAAUUUUUAAAUUCUUUGUUCUCUUGGACGUACUAAUCGUGCUAAAUAUGUCCGCCGUUUAUUGACAUCUACGUCUUAAUUUUCAUUAUAAGUUUUUCCAUCUAGUUUUGACUACGCUCCACAAUAAAGCAAAAUGUCCUACACUUUCUUUUUGCUUUUUUUAGUUAAUUAUAUUGAAUAAUUUUUAUACAAUGUGCGGAUAUUGAGUUAAACACUAUACUUUCAAUGUAGAGAUAUUUUUAACAAAGGUUUCAGAUAUUUUUUUUUGUAUAACGAAUCGUGUGUUCCAAAAAUCUUAGAUCGUAUUUGCUGGAUUCUCUUGGUACAUCAUCGGCUAGAGAAGAGAAUAGAGAAAUAGAUGACGAAACAUCUUUUAAUCAGCGCCACUGGUGGCGCAAUAAAAAGCACUCUAGAAAGUCUAGUAGAGAAAAUUGCACACCCAAAAUGGCCGUAGACUCUGUUAAACAGCAGUUAAACAAAGUGUUUGCAGAAGAUGAAGCUCCAAUCAACAAGAAAUUACCGAAAGAGUUACUAUUACGAAUAUUUUCCUACUUAGAUGUAGUUUCUCUCUGCAGGUGUGCGCAGGUAUCGAAGGCGUGGAAUAUUUUAGCCUUAGACGGCUCAAAUUGGCAACGAAUUGAUCUCUUUGAUUUUCAGAGGGACGUAGAGGGCCCAAUAAUAGAAAACAUAUCCCGCAGAUGCGUAGGCUUCCUGCGUCAGCUCUCCCUCAGGGGUUGUCAGUCCAUAGCGGACGGCUCAAUGAAAACGUUAGCUCAACUCUGCCCAAACGUAGAGGAUUUGAAUUUGAAUGGCUGUAAGAAAUUAACCGAUUCCACUUGUAACGCCUUUUCCAGGCACUGUUCCAAGCUGCAGAAGUUGAAUUUAGACGGUUGCGCCGCGAUAACAGACAACUCUCUGAAGGCGCUUAGCGACGGGUGUCAGAAUCUGACGCAUAUUAAUAUAAGUUGGUGCAGUAAUAUCACGGAGAACGGGGUGGAGGCGCUCGCCAGGGGUUGUCCCAGGCUUAAAAGUUUCAUUAGUAAGGGAUGUAAGCAGAUUACUUCGAGAGCUGUGAUUUGUCUGGCGCGGUUUUGCCACCAGUUGGAAGUAGUCAAUUUGCAGGGUUGCAAUAAUAUAAGGGAUGAAGCAGUGCAAUCGCUGGCAGAAAAGUGUCCAAAGUUACAUUACUUGUGUCUCUCUGGAUGCUCGGCUCUGACCGAUGUAGCCCUGAUAGCUCUAGCGCAACAGUGCCCUCUGUUGUCCACACUUGAAGUAGCCGGAUGCACACAGUUCACAGAUGCAGCUUUCCAGGCCUUGGCAAGAAGUUGUAGAUACCUAGAAAAAAUGGACCUAGACGAAUGUGUUCUUAUAACAGAUGCAACGUUAAUUCACUUAGCGAUGGGGUGUCCUAGGAUUGAAUAUUUAACUUUAUCACAUUGUGAAUUAAUAACCGACGAAGGCAUACGACAUUUGUCCAUGUCACCGUGUGCGGCAGAGAAUUUAACCGUUCUCGAGUUAGAUAACUGCCCGCUCAUUACGGACGCUUCUCUAGAACACCUUACGUCGUGCCAUAAUCUGCAGCAGGUGGAACUGUAUGAUUGCCAACUCAUCACGAGGGUUGGAAUUAGGAGAUUGAGAAACCACCUACCCAACAUAAAGGUACACGCUUACUUUGCACCCGUUACUCCACCCCCCACCGCGGGAAGUUCGCGCCAAAGGUACUGUAGAUGUUGCGUUAUACUAUGAGGAAACGUCCCCCCUGGGUCCCUUCGCGAUACACCACCAUCAUAAUGCCAUGUGUUCAUCACGCUUUUCAGAAUUGUAAAUUUCGCAUUUGCAAGACUCCUUCCAUCGUCGUUGCGUAACCCGAGGGAGAACGUAUAAAAGAUUUUGAGCAAAUGCCCUUCUUUUCUGUGAAAGGAGUAAGAGCGAAUUCGUUUCUUUUUCAUCGAAGACGGAAAAAAUUCCAAAUAACUUAAAAAAGUUGAAUUUAUUCAUUUGAAAGGGGUAGGAUUUUGUUGUCAGGUUAUUUAACUUGUUAAGUUUUAAAAGUUGGGAUCGUAGAUCGAUUCGUUUGUAAUUGGGCGGUUAUGAGAUACAAAUGUUAUUUGUAAAGUGAUUGUCGAAAUUUUUUCAUAUCGUUUAUUGCUGUUGUGUGAUAUUUUAAAUUUUAGGGGAAAGUGAGGUUAUGCCCGAUAAUUUUUUUUGUUAGGACUAGGCAUUUUUACUGACCAAUUUU